AUGCCUCUACGCGCCAAGGUGACCAACCCGGCCUUCAAGGCUUCUUCGAUGUCGACUUCAGCAAAUACUAAAGAACUCCCCGGGGACGAGGCCGAUGACGUUCUGUUCAACUCGAUUUACGGCCUUCGCAGCAUUGAGCUCAACCGACCAAAGAAGCUCAACUCCCUCAAUGGCUCCAUGGCCCGAAAGAUUCUCCCUCGCUUGCAGGAAUGGGAAAAGUCUCACUUGGCAAACAUCAUUCUCAUCUCCGGCGCUGGCGAUAAGGCGCUUUGCGCUGGUGGUGAUGUUGCGGCGUUGGCACUACAGAACGAGAAGGGCAUCGAGGGACAGAAAGCAUCUACCGAUUUCUUCGGACUCGAAUUUCAACUCGACCACCUGAUCGCUACAUACUCGAAGCCUGUCAUCUCUUUCAUGGACGGUAUUACCAUGGGCGGCGGUGUCGGUCUCAGCAUGCACGCUCCCUUCCGAAUUGCGACCGAGCGGACCGUUUUUGCUAUGCCCGAGACAACCAUUGGAUACUUCCCUGACGUGGGUGGCUCGUUCUUCUUGCCACGAUUGGACGGCGAGACAGGCACCUACCUGGCCUUGACUUCAACGCGUCUGAAGGGCGUCCAGACUCUGAGUGCUGGUAUUGCCACUCACUACCUUCACUCUAGUGUUUUGGGCAGUGUCACCCAACGUCUCUCUGAGUUGGUCUUCCACGACAGUGUUGCUCUUCCUGAGCGGUUAGACGCCGUCAACAAGACCAUGGCUGAAUUCUCCGUUGGCGUUCCUCAAAAUGGAAACCAGAUUCUCGGCGGUAAACUUCGCGCCGCCAUCGACCGCUGCUUCGGAUUUGAUACCAUGGAGGAGAUCUUCGCGGCGCUGGAGAAGGAGAAGGAGACCAAUGAGAAAUGGGCCCAGGAUACUCUGGAGACACUUUCAUCUCGCUCUCCAACCUCCCUCAAGGUGACAUUGCGUCAAAUGCGUCUUGGUAAGAAGUGGGACAUCGCAGAGACAUUCAAGCGUGAACACCAGAUUGCAGCCAACUUCAUGCGCCACCCCGAUUUCGUGGAAGGUGUGAAGGCCCGCUUAAUUUCCAAGCCCCCUCGCCAGGCCGAAUGGCAGCCGGCCACUCUGGAGGAGGUCUCGCAAGAAGCCGUCGAUGAGUUCUUCAAAGCCCCUGAAGGCGUGGCUCCCCUGGAGCUGCUGAACAAAACCACCUACCAGCAGUACCCACACGAGCGCUUUUCUCUGCCCAGUGAACACGCCAUUGAAGAGGUUGUGCGGAACAAACGAAUGUCCCAGACAGAAACGGUGAAGCACUUUGUUGAGCGAUGGGGCCAGAAGGAGGGAGUGGCUGAGAAGGUAUCUUCUGUCCUGGGUCAACGGACCAAGCAGGGCGAAAAUGGCUUGACAUGGGUAUAG